GUGUAAACAAACUUGGCACAAUCUUUACUUCCGCUCCGCAGCGUGGCUUGGCUGGCUCUCCCUGACUUUCCCUCGCUCUCCCGUACUCUCCCCAAGGCGGCGACGCUCAGCUGGCAGUGGUGGAGGCGGAGGCUGAUGAAAUAAACAAAAUAGAGGUCAGCAUGCCAGUGCAGACAGAUGGCCCUGAAGACUACAAGGCCAAGUACAAGACACUGAAAAGGAAGCUCAAACUACUGAUCUACGAGAAUGAGUGCUUUCAGGAGGAGCUACGUAAGGCCCAGCGUGCCCUCCUGCGGGUGCGACGAGACAAAUCCUUUCUUUUGGACCGCCUUCUGCAGUACCAGCGUGGCCCUGACUCUUCCUCUGACUCUGAACAAACGGAGGACUCAGAUGUGGAGGUGGAUGCCAAGGGAGACCAUAAGAGCUGCAGGAAGCGUCUAAGUUUGGAAGGGGCAACACCAGGGUCCUCUUCCUCCCAGACACCCCCCUCUAAACCCCCCUCCAAGAAGAAGAAGACCAGCAGUGGAGGAGGAGGAAGUGGAAGUGGAGGAGGGAGUGGAACAGGAACAUCAGGAGGAGGCGGAGGAGGAGGAGGAGGAGGAGGAAGUAGUAGCAGUAUUGGGAAGACUAAUAAGCAGAGUGGGAAGCAGAUACCUGGCAUUGUUGGCGUCGGCAGCAGCAGUAGCAGCAGCACCAGCAGCAGUACAGCCGCAGUGAUACAGGUGGGGCCGGGCGGAAGCAUUACCUCAGCUGCCACCAACCCCACUAUGAGGAAGUUAACCGCAGCCCACCUCUCCACCACCUCCCUUCAUCCACAGGGUGUGGUGAGGCGCACUGUGGGUCCUGGGGGCAGCGCGGUGGUCCAGGGGCACACCAGUGAUGGGCAGCUGAGCAGGGAGGAGGUGGAGAGGCGACUGGCAGCUCGACAACCCCUGAGUGACUUCACCACCACCACGCCCUCCCUUACCCUGCCCAACCAACUCUUCUCCGACAAUAUCAUGGAAGGUGACUUCAUGGAGGAGGAGGUGGAAACAUCGCCCAGCAACAUUGAAGAUGAUGUCACAGUGGAUAACUAUGACUAGAGAGAGAGAGAGAGAGAGAGAGAAUUAUAAUGGUGAAUAGAUUAAUAAAGUUAAGUAGAUUUAUGUGUUUCUUUUCUUAUGCCAGAUUUCGUAACUAAAAGCAAUAAAUAAAUAAAUAAAUGAUACUUAUACUA